CUGUCCCUAUCUGCUCCCUCUCUGGGUCUCUGUCUCCUCGAUCCCUGGGGUCUCUAGAUCUUUGAAACUCUCUCUCUGAACUUUUACUUCUCUUUCCCGUUUUACCUUCCUGUCUUUGAGUCCCCGACUCCCUCCUCUCUGUGUUUCUGACCGGCACUUGGGGUCCCUGUCUCCUUUAUUCCUGGGUCUUUUUCUCACUCUAUCUGUCCACAUGCCUGCAGGCCCUUCAUUGGCUGGGUUCCGGGUGGGCGGGUUCUGUCACCUGGGGCAACGGCAGCAACAAGCUUGCUCUAGCUUGGCUACAGGGUGGGGGUGAGACCAUGGCUGGUCGCACUCUAGCUCUGCUCUAUGGACACCCAUGGUCCCCCAUCUCUGGAGCCGAAGUGCCUGGAUCCUGGCCCAACUGGCAUCUCACGAGCAGCGGCGUUGCCCACCACACUAUCCCAUCUGUACCCUUUCCCCCGUCCACUGUGCAGUCCACGGUUGCAGAGCCCUUACCCCCGGCGGCACAGAAAGGUUUGCACAUCUGGGCUUUCGACGAGGUCAUCAGCAGAUGGGAGACGACCUCCGGCUCGACUUAUGUACCCAAGACCCACGGUGAACCCUACGCGCAGCCCCAGGCCCCAGAGCCUGCUGACCCCACGCGGACUGUGGGAAUCAAGGCUUUAGGAGAAAAGCUCAGACAUGGUGGCUGGCGUCUCCCUCUGAUCACCAAGCACCAGAGCAGCGAGAUGAAGGCGCAGUACAGCUGGCCCGACCCGAACCAGUGCCCCACCGUCCACUUCGGUCCCCGGCCUCUGAAGCUUGCGGACCACCACCGUGGGGGUCCUUCCCAGGCUCUAAUUCCUUGGACGAAGAACCCCGAGCUGGCUGGCCAACUGUUCACAAUACCGGACCAGGGUGUCCUGGACCGCCAUCAGCUCUACCUGACCACCUCGGCCCGGGACUUUCGGUUCUACCCGAAGAACGAGCUGUCUGGAUAUCCUCGCAAGGACUCACUGACCUACUGGAGCUUCGAGGAGAUGCCCCAGGCCUGGGGCCACGGUCCGCAGUGGCCGCCCUGUCCACGCUCUUCUCGGCCUCCGCGACCGCCACAGAUCCGCCUGCCCCGCGCGAGCCCGGUGACGCCGGCCGUACCGCACGGCGGGGCCCUAUCGCUGGCUCAGGAGUCCUACAGCAACCCGCGGCAUCCACUCCGCAGGCUUGACCGUUUCUGCCCACUGGAGGCGCCCUGGGGCGGCCCCCACUGGAAGCCUCUGCCAGGAAUCUACAGCGUGCCUAAAGCCUACGCCACAGAAAACUCCACCUAGGGCAGCUUGAAGCCGGCGCCAGUUUGAGCCUGACGGGGCAGCCCCGCCCUUGGACACGCCCUCCGGGCCGUGGGGCGGAGCGGAGCCUGCAGGACCAAGGCCCGGCACACUGGGCGGGGCUGAGGGCGGGUACACAAUUGAAUCACGCCCAUCAGAUAUAAUUACAUGGGCGUGGUAAAAACUAGACACGCCCACUCGGCUGCUUCAGGUUUUAGGGCUGCAAAGCAUAUCGAGGCGGCACUCGCAGCUCAGUGGGUAGGGCACCGGCCACAUACAACCAGGUUCGAGCCCGGGUGGGCCAGCUAAAUAGCAAUGACAACUGCAACCAAAUAGCCGGGCGUUGUGGCGGGCACCUGUAGUCCCAGCUAGUUGGGAGGCUGAGGCAAGAGAAUUGCCUGAGCCCAAGAGUUUGAGGUUGCUGUGAGCUGUGAUGCCACAGCUCUCUACCAAGGGUGACACAGACUGU